AUGUCGUUAGAUUUAUAUAAGCAUGGGGAUUGUAAUGAGUUUAAAGCUGGAGAGGUGGACAAUAUGUUGCGAUCAAAAGGAAGGAACAAGUUGUUUGACGAAAAAGGCGUGUUUGGGCGGGUCUGUAGACACGAAUAUCCUAAAGGUUUUAUCAAUAUGAAGCAUGGCGAAAGACACAGUAUUGCCGCCCAAGAUGCUGAAAAUCAUGAUGCCAUUAAUGAUUUAGUAAGGAAAAGAAGACGAACAUUGAAGACCGUUGAAUCGAUGGAGCGAAAACAUCACGUCAUAAGAAGGUGGAAAGUUGGCGACGUUAAGUACAAUACAGCUGUGCGAUCUCUUGAAGAAGAUAGAAAGAACCGCGUGUUGGAGAGCUUGUACUCUUUGGCAGUCGAACGGGCGUUUCUACUGACGUUAAAGAAAAAAUACGCAGUCAGACACCAUAUUUGGUGUGAUCGUAUUGAAGGACUCCCGAGUUUUCUUGCGUUUGACGAUGUAAAAGAUCCAGAAUCCUAUCUUUUUCAAGACUUUAAAAGUAUUGACGACGACGAAAACAACGUUCCGUUCUCUGUGAAAAGAACUGUAAUCGAUCUUCACUGCCUUACUGAAAGAUGUAAGGAAGAAAUUGAGUUAAUAAACAUCGAGGUAGCAAGGUUGGUUAAGUAUCACUUGGUAAGAAAGGCCACAUUCCAGGAAAUCGUCGAGAAGCACAACGCAGACCAUGCCCUUCACAUGAGAGGUCUUUCGUGCGUCAUGCAAAAAAGGGCAUAUGAAGAAGAAAAUAAAUUGUACUUGCUCCGUCAAACACUUAGUGAUAGUGUAUUGGAAGUGUCGUCUUUACCUCAGCAUAAGUACGGGUUUUGCAACGUCAUCGAAUAUAAUUCCAGCGAUUGUGGGGAGUCGUGCACGAAAUCAGUAGAUCAUGAUUCUGAGAGUGACUCUGAGUGUGAAAGUGAUGAUGAUGAUGUGUAUGAAUUAGCAGCCUCAGAUGAAGAUGAUGAUGACGUAUUGCCCCCUUAAUAAUACAAUUAUGUAGCGUACAAUAUUAUGUUUAGUCUAUAUAAAGAUGCAUACAUUUUUCCCAGGUCCUUUUCCAUCGUCACAACACCAUUGGAAUGUCUUUCCCACGAACAUUUUCCCAAAAAUUACGUUAUUAAUAAUAAAUAUACACUAACUAUGGUGAAAUACACAAUUUGAU